AUGAUUGCUACUCAAAGUUUUAAAGACAUGCACUCAAAUGAAGAAAUUCCUUCUGAAACACGAGUACCACUUGAUUGUUCUUUGUAUGAUGACGAUUAUGAUGUUCUUGCUUCAUUUCCAUUUCAUGUUAACAUACAAUCAGAUGGCGUCCACUCUUCAACAACAUAUGCAUAUCAAGAAACAGAAUAUCAAAUUUACAUGUUGGUUAUAGAGAAUGAAAAUGUUUUACCACUUACUGUUUUUUGCUUGAAACAUCUAAAAUAUUUUAAUAUGAUAAAUUCAAGCAUUUUUCCAUAUUUUUCUGAUAAUGAUGCUGAUUUCCAAUUUCCACCAGAAAUUGAAUAUCUUUCUUCGUCGCUAACUACAGUGUACAUUGAGAAUACAAAAGUAACUCAGUUACCUGAAAACUUUGGCAAAUUAAAAAAUCUAUCAAGCUUCGAGAUGAGAAACACCGGUCUUAUCAAUCUACCAGAUGCUAUUGGUAAUUUACCUUUAAAUUUCUUACGAUUAGAUAAAAAUAAUCUUGUAUCACUGCCACAGACAAUAUCGAAUAUAGGAUCAUUAAACAUGCUCAUAUUAGAUGAUAAUCUACGUCUUCAUUCAUUACAAUCACUCAAUGGUAAUCGUAACAUGCAAUAUAUCAUGGCAAGAAAUUGUUCAAUUGAUCGUUUACCGUAUAAUCUGCCCAAUCUCAUAUCAGCAACAAUUUGUUUAAUACCAAGGAAUUGCAUACAAUUAUAA